AUGAAGCUUGCCCCAAAAGUCCUUCUACUCGGAGGUUACUGUAAAGUAGCUUUGCUUCUUACACGCCUGUUAAUCGCUCGCGGAUAUGACAUUAUCAGUCUUACCAACAGUUCGAUUCAUCGCGGCGACAUAUUGAACCUUCGCGAGAGCAAUAGGCAAGGAAACGUGGAGGUUCUUGUUACGGAUUUGAAGCAGAUUGACACGGUUGACUCUGCUCGCGCGUUGCUGGAUCGCGUUGAUCCGAAUUAUGUUAUUUGGAUGGCCGGCACCGGUUGCAGAGGCGGAUCUCAGAGGUCUAUCGAUUGCGAAGAAUUGAGGAUCGCUGUCAAGCAGAUGAUCAUUGCGGCAUUUGGCUCGUCCAAAAUCUCGAAAUUCCUCAUGAUAUCCUAUAUGAGCAGUCGGCGCAAGCAGCGAGAGACAGAAAUGACGGAUAAAAUGUGGAAUGACAUUGCGGACUCGAGACAAGGCGAAAUUCCUGUGUACGAAAAGGAGAAGCUUGAAGCAGAAGAGUUCCUAGAUGCCAUGACUGCAUGGCGGAGAAGACAGACGCAUUUGCCGCCGAACUUUCAGUCGAUACAUGUGACGACGGGUAGUUUGUCGGAUCUGCCAGCCAGAGGGAAGCUAAGUAUCCAUCCGGAGCAAGUAGCUCUAGAAGGGGAGAUAUCGAGACAGGAUGUCGCUGCAGUGAUUGCUCAGUUACUAGCCAGGCCGGACACUAGUGGGCGGUAUGGAAUCCUGAGCGGCGAAGAUGACAUUGAGACUGCCAUAGCCAAGGCGGUCGACGACCAGCAGACAAUGGCUGAGGGAGCUGUCUACAAGAACAUUGUGGGGGGAUUCAUAGAGUAG